UGUAAACAACGUGAACAAUAACGAAACAAUAACCACUGAUAACCAACUUGUUGCUUGUAUUUUUGAUAUAAUGAAUAAGUGAAAACGAUUGAGGGAAGCUCGGUUGGUCUUAAACAUGGAUUGAAUGAAACAUUCACCAACAUGGCAGCAAAAGUGAGGGAGUUGCUGAAAACGAACCGCCUGAAAGUGGAAGUUGAGAAGGGGACCUGCUUCAAGAGUGGAGUGAUGAAGAAGCCAAGCAGGAAAGAGUGCGAGAAAAUGAGGCGCGAUCGUUUGAACAACUUCAUCGGAGAGUUGGCUGAAAUGGUGCCUUUGGUAAAAAAUGCAAAGAAAAGACUAAAUAAAACUGGCAUUUUACGAUUAACAGUGAAUUAUCUUCGGCUGCAUCAGGAUUUACAGAGAAGAAACCACUCGGAUUCGAAGCCGUGGAGACCAGCUUAUAUCGAAAGUAACUUUCCGAUUGAGUUCCUUGAGAGCAACAACAGCUUCUUGUUUGUUUACAACAAGAAGGGAAUCCUGACCUAUAUUUCAGAAAAUGUAUCAUCACUGCUUGGUCAGAAUCAGAUUGACCUGCUUGGCCAGUCCAUCCUAAAAAUUGUCCACAGCGAUUACCAGAAUGUGUUUUUAGAUCAACUAAAAGGACCAAAGGAGACUACUUCAUUUAGCUGUAAGAUGUUGUGUUCAUGCCUUAAUUCACCCAUGGUGCACUACGAGUGUGUGCAGGUGACAGGCCAUGUUCGGCGUGCGGGGGAACAGGACAUUGCAGGCGGUUUUCUUGGAUCUGUCCGAGAUGUGUAUUGCGUUGCAGUGGGGAAGGUGAUGUCAAAGGCGGUAAUCCACAACUUAUAUCCAGCCAAUUCCUCGCCGCUCGAUUUCUCAAACUCCCUCCAAUACGUCUCUCGGCACUAUCUUGAUGGUAGUGUUGAGAAUAUGGACCAAAGGGCGAGUGUAAUCAUGGGUUAUAUGACAAAAGAUAUGGAAGGCGGAAAUCCCUACUUCAGUAUCCAUCCUAAUGAUCUGGUGUUCGUUGCUAGGGCGCAUCAAAGAGUGUUCGAGGAGAAUGUCAUUCAGAGCACUGUUUAUCGUUAUUUAACUUGUGAAAACAAAGUACUUCACAUAGAAUCCGAGACUCAUUUGAUUGAGGACCAGUUCACAAGAAAACCCAAGUUAAUUCUGAGCUUCAACAACAUUGUUAGCUCAAUGCUAGGGCGUCAGUUGAUCAGGAAGCAACGUGAGGGGUUAAUCAAAGAGCGCAAAGCGAACAGACGAGAGAGAAUUUGUGCGGGCGAGGUCUCUGAUGAAGUCGACAAAAACGACGAUGGCGCCAUAGUUCAACUCGUCUACGAUGAAAAUCUUGUUUCGAUAUCUGUUCCAUUUAACGAUUUCCACCGAGAAGAAAUGCAACGUGAUGACCUAUUGAUAACUGACGAAUUAGUGAAAGAGGAUUUUGUGAAAAAGGACAGCGCUAUCAGUGGCAGCGUUGAGAUGACUGCAAGUAGCGACAGUGAUAAUUCCGCAGUUUCUCAUGGUCUAAAGCCUGGUUUAUCCCAUUGCGAUAGCGUUCUGUCCACAUUUGGAGAGCAGUGUUCACCAGACAUUGCUGGUACGUCAGUGGGAAUCACUGGGCCUAGUUCCAGUGCAGAAGCGUGGAGUCCAUCUGCAUCACAUUUUGAGAGUUUCCAAGGAACGUCAUCUGCAGGUGUCAAAACCUCUGAAAGUCACAUGGAAAAUUACUACAGAAAUCUCGGCAAUUUGUUAGAGGAUAUAACAGAAAUUUCAUCAUUUUCGGUUGGACCGUCUGAGUGUUCUGACACACAGUUUUCACCCUAUUCUACCAACGGUGUAGACUCCACACAGCAGGUUGUUACUCCUGGACAGGACAAUUACACUUUGAGUCCCCACCAGACAUUCUUGCCUGAUGGAAUUGACCCUAAGUUCUGUGGAGUUGGAGAUGUUGAUCCCAGUUCGUGGAGCGGUUCAUGUAAUUUAAAGGCAACCUGGCCAAACCUUUCCGAUUCUUCGACUGCUUUACCCUCGGUGAGAUCUUCCAAUACCCUGCCUUCCCUCCCUUUGACCUGCUCAACAAAAGCCAUACCCAGCCACUGCGACGCCGACAGUAGCACUGACCAAUCCUGCCUUGAUGGACCUAAUCAGUUGAAUACCCCAUCAUCAAAUUAUUCCCACUCUGUCCUGAGAGCGCUCCUUGAAGUGUGUGACAGGGACCAGCCAUCUUCCAACAGCGAGUCAAUAGUCACCCUCUAGUACAUGUGUGUGCCUUCCUUGGUCUUUACUUGGAGGUUCCUGGAUUAGGCUGGGAAAUGAAUGUAAAGCACUUUGAGACAGUACAGACAGUUGUACAGUAUAGAGCACUAGAAAUACCGUAGAAGAACUUUUUCAUCACAAAGUGACAAUAUGUCCCACUGUGUUGUAUAGUGUGGCACUCUCACAUUCCCACUAUGGAUUUAUAUCACAUUCCAGAGUUAAAACUUUAAAUAUAUAUGUAUGUCGUUUGUUAUGUAGAAUGUAACUUUAUGUAUGAAUACCCCAUGACGAUCCUCGUUGAACAUGUUGUAAAUGUGUAUGAAAUCUUAUUUAUUGGAUUUUACAACGCAUGGAUAGGUGUGUCAGGUAAGCGGAUUAGCCACUCCUUGGAAAUCCGAGUGGAUUUAACUGGUUUUACUCAGGGUUUUGUAAAUGGUGUAGGAGUGGAAAAACCUGAAUCUCAGGACGACUGAACUCAAGUUUUGUUAAGCGCCUUCGAGGUGUCACAGACAUGUUUAUGUGACACUAGUUUUACAGUGUUUCUGCUUGCCCAGACAGGCUCAUAAAUCCACCAGAGACUGCUUUGAAUUGGGCAUUAUUUCUUGACGAUUUUUAGUGUCUAGGAGGCAUUGUUGACAAUUCAGCAUGUACAUGUAGGAUUGCUAAGACAAUCGGAGCACUCCUCGUCCAACAAUUCAGAGAGACUUCUAAAAUCGUUCUCAGUUCUGAAGUGACUUGAACAUGUGGAAUUUGCAAACAAUGUUAUCUCUGAUAUUUUGUGAAUACUGACUUAUUCAGAGGAGUAUCUGCAUGUGCAUUUGUCGAAAAGACAGCAGGUGGGUGCUGUCACUGCAGGGAAGGUGGAACUAUAAGUCGUAGUUCCACCUAUCAUAAAACCCCGUGUUUUUUCAAGACCCGUGUCUUCUCCGUGUGUCAAAAAACCUGGGGCGCACUUACACCUAUCAGUGGUGUUAGAUAAUGGUUAAUAGCCCCGGCAACAGGUGCGCUGUAGGUAGGGAGCUCUCCUGUGUUUCUUUCCCGUUGGAGGGGAAUUUCGCGUGCGCAAUACCGAGGCAACUACACCGCGCCAUCUGUCGCCGGAUCUUAGAACUUGCAAUUGCCGUGUCUAUUCAGAUUCCACCUAUCAAAAAACCUGUGUUGAACACGG